UUCAUCUUCAGUGCACUGAGUAGACUGGCUUAGCCUUUUAUUUGUCGAAAACCGAACGAGUACACCUACACAUACACAACAAAAACAAAAAGCAACGCAUUAUGGAAGAUUCGGGUGAGCACCAACAUGAUUUUAAGGCUCCUUCUCCUCAUCGGAUUUUCUUUUCCGCUUCGACUCAUUGAUUAUACUCGCUUGUUAUCUAGUAGUAGGACUACUUCUACAGCUUCAACCUGAUCCGGAAGUUGUUGCCGUUACUUAGUCAAAGUAAAAAGUGCCGCCAUUUUCACAUCAAGAUCAAGAAAAGAACGAGCGCGAAGUUUGGCGAAAAUAAAGAUGAAGCGUGGGACGACGGAGACAAACGGGAAGAGCGGCGUCGAUCUAGGUUUCCCGAGCGCCAAGCGCCAGAAGCUAAGCCCUUGUUUGACUGAACCGCGGAAACAGAAAGUAGGCGCAGAUACAAUCGCGCAACUGGAGGAAUGCCAAGCCGAAAUCCAAGCCCUUGAGGAGCGGUGCGCGGCCGAGCAGAUUGCAAAGCAGCUUGCACAGGAGGAUCGAAAACGGCCUAUUCUGAUCCAGCGCAGUCUCGCACUCCGACGCAUUCCGUACUUUUGGAAGCAUGUGUUCGAAAGCUUGCCGAUGUUAGUGGACAGCACCAGCCUUGGGCGCGCAAAGAAUGGCAGCACUGGUGGUAUCUCUGGACGAAUAAGAGGACCUGCUUUGGGAAGCAUACAAACAACCACAGCCACGAGUCCGAGUGCGUCAAACAAAGGCACUAGUGUUAAUAAAGCGACGCACCAGAUGACGAAUGUCGGCUCUUCCAGCUCGAGCUCUUCCUCCGCUGCGAAUCCGUUACUUCGUGCUGGGAAAAUGAAUGCGACCAACAGUGCUGCGACCGGACCCACGCGACCACAUGGGCUUGCUGUGUCAAAUCUGCCGGUCAUGACACCGGCACCGCAACUUUUCAAGUUCAGCGACCAAGAGGCGGAGCUCUUUUCGUUCCUGACGGAGGUUUAUCUCCAGGACAACGAAGAUGAGAAUGGCAGCCACACCUUUCGCUUCGAGUUCACUGCCAAUCCUUUUUUGUCAAGCGUGCCCGCCGGGUCCUCAUCGAACGGAGGACCCACAGCGACGUCGCCGAAGUUCGACUUCGCAAAUAAGCGACUUUCUACGUCACCAGGAGGCGGCACAGCCGCGAAGCUCACCGGAACCGCAACUAGUGGCGCGUCACCAAGAAGUGCGAGGGAGAAUAAACAAGUAGAGCUCAGCUCCUUUUUGUCGCCCCGUUCGGCAACCAACAAGAAGGCCAGCACAACGUCGCCCCGGGGCCCUAUUGUGGUCGUUGAAAAGCACGUUGCUGUGGGGGACGAUAACGUGAGGACCGUGACUACAUCGAAAUUUCAGUGGAACACUCCGGUCACGGGUCCCUUUGCCGAUUGGCUCGCAGGAUCGUCCGAGGCGAGACACCAGGAGCCGCUUUUGGGCAAGUUGUUUCGCACCUGUGUUUGGGACAAUCCGCUGCAAGUCUAUGAGCUUCAUUCUGCUUUGAAUCAUAAGCGGUAGAAGUAGAAGAUAGAAGCCUGAUAGAUUGAGCAAGAAAGACUUUCGUUUUCUGACCCGAGUUAGUUCCCUGGAACAAGAUUAUGUCUUACCGAGGACACCGACGUGCGAUGAUAGGCACGCGCUUGUCGCAACUACAGGAAGAGGAACGACCCUGCGCUCGGAUAAUUUUCCGCAAAG